CCGGGUGCGGAGCAGCCACCACGGAGGAGAGGUAAUUGCUGCGUCUCUGAGGCGGCCGACCAGAGUCGCGAUGUUCCGGAUCGAGGGUCUCGCGCCAAAGCUGGACCCGGAGGAGAUGAAACGGAAGAUGCGCGAGGACGUGCUCUCGUCCAUACGGAACUUCCUCAUCUACGUGGCCCUGCUGCGAGUCACUCCAUUUAUCUUAAAGAAAUUGGACAGCAUAUGAAGACUGGCUCUCAACUGUGACUGCAUGAUUUGAAGAAGCCGACUACAGUUUGUCCUCCUGUCUGCAAAUGAAUAAGCUCAGAAAGGUGUAAGACUCAGAUUGAAUGGACAUAAAAAUUCUUCUUGUUCAGAACAAGUUGACUGUGGUAACUGACCUUCAUAGUUAAAAUAUAAAAUUAUUUGGAAAGUUUGAAAUGUCUUGUGGUCAUCGUGUGCCCUUAGGCCUGAAGUAAUUUGGCUUCUGAGAGUGUUGGUGUAAUGAUAACAUCAAACUCCACUUUCUAGCAAGUGUUAAUUAUAAGAGGAUUAUGUCUGAAAUAGCAGUCUGGUCAGUCAUUUCUGUUUACAUUUCUGGGUCCAGAGUAUAUCUGUGAAGCAUCUUCUACAAUUAGUUACAUUUUAUGGAAAUCAGCAAACAACCACGGUGACCUUUAAGCACAGGCCCUUCAGUCUUUAUUUUGAAUAAACAUACCAAUUGAGAAAA